AUGGCGUCAGGACAACGUGAGGCGGAGAAAGCAGCGAAGGCCGAGAGAGCCGAGGCCGCGGCGAGGCUCGCGGCUGAUGACUUGAGAGACGUCAACGAAGGAGGUGUAACGUAUAAGGUGACUGAGAAGACAACAACGACAGAACAUCCUUCAACCGUGGAGGAAACCGAAAGACCCGGGAUUAUAGGGUCGGUGAUGAAGGCCGUGCAAGGAACUAAAGAUGCUGUGAUUGGUAAAAGCCACGAUGCGGCAGAGUCAACGAGAAGUGGAGCAGAGGUUGCAUCAGGAAAGGCCGGAGAGGUUAAAGACAGGACUGCGGAUAAGACAAAGGAGACAGCAGAUUACACUGCUGAGAAGGCCAAAGAGGCUAAAGACAAGACAGCGGAGAAGGCCACCGAGGCCAAAGAUAAAACAGCUCAGAAGACGAAGGAAACCGCUGAUUACACGGCGGAGAAGGCUAAGGAAGCGAAAGAUAAGACGGCUGAGAAGAUGGGUGAGUACAAAGACUACACGGCAGAUAAGGCUAGAGAGGCGGGUGAGAAGGUGGGUGAGUAUAAGGACUACACGGCGGAGAAGGCUAAAGAAGCAAAGGAUAAAACAGCUGAGAAGACUAAGGAGACGGCUGAUUACACGGCGGAUAAGGCGAGAGAGGCUAAAGAUAAGACGGCUGAGAAGUUGGGUGAGUAUAAAGACUAUACGGCGGAGAAGGCAACAGAAGGUAAAGAUGCUGGAGUGAGUAAGAUUGGUGAGCUUAAGGAUAGUGCUGUGGAUACGGCCAAGAGAGCUAUGGGUUUCUUGUCGGGGAAGACAGAAGAAACUAAACAAAAAGCCGUUGAGACCAAAGAAACUGCCAAGGAGAAAAUGAACGAGACAGGAGAAGAAGCGAGGAGGAAAAUGGAAGAGAUGAGACUUGAGGGUAAAGAACUUAAAGACGAUGCUGCUCAGAAGACCCAAGAGAGAACUGAAACAGCAGCUGAUAAAGCUCGCGACACUAAAGACUCCGUAGCUCAAAGGGGGGAAGAAGGGAGAGGUUUAAUGGGUACGUUAGGGAACAUGACAGGAGCGAUAAAGAGCAAGCUGACAGGUACAACACCCUCUGAUGAUGAGACUCGCAUGGCCAGUACUGGAGGUGAUGGCUCGGGGAGGACGACUGUGACGAUCGAUGUAGAAGAUACGAGGCCUGGACAAGUGGCGACGAAGCUGAAAGAGUCGGAUCAGAUGACUGGUCAAACAUUUAACGACGUUGGAGAGAUGGAUGAAGAUGAAAGGAAGGUGAAUGUCAGAGUGUGAGAUAAAGGGAACAUGUAAUAAAAAACUAAAACAACAACAAGGGAAGCUAUGCGGCG